CGCUUCUUCCUCUCUGAAAUUUUUCUCCACAUCAUCUCAUAACCAUAAAUUGUUUCACUUUCAGUUCUAUUCAAUCGAAAUUCAUUAUUUAAAUUUCAGUUUUCACGUAAAUCUCCUCACAUCUUUUUAUUGUUCUCCAUUUCACUGUCAUUUCUCCACAAUUUUCUAUCUCUUUAGAUCUGGUGUGUUAUCUUUCGCUCUCUCUUUCUCUCGCUCUCUAUCGGUCGAUUAUUUUCUUUUUCGUGUUUUUCUUGCAACCAAAAACCCUACUGUUGCUGUUAUAAUUUAUUAGUUUCUUUCAUAUGAGAUUUCAGUAGGUUGCUCUAUUGUUUUUUAAACCAGAAGCAGUCAUUUUCAUUUUCUUUUCGGUUUUAUUUUUAGAAAGAAAAGAGAAAAGAAAAAUCAAUCAAGAAUUAGUCUUUACUAAUCCAGUAAUAUUUCUUUAGUUGACCUAAUUUGUUUUCAAAUUUACACUUGAAAAAUUCUAUUAUAUUUUCCUGUUUUUAUUUUCAUUUGGUCAAUUACGUUUUUUUUUUCUUUUUCUUUUAUUCCUUUUGUGGCGUGCUGUUUCAGUCUCUUUCUUGAUUUGUAUUGCAAAAUUUGCUUAUACUUUGAAGCAAAAAGACGAAAGAAAAAGUGUUACAUUUUGAACAUUCUUGAAAUAGGGCCAAAGAAAAGGUUUCUAGUAUUCCGUUGAUCUUAUUGGUGCAAGGGGAAUUAGUAUUUUCGAGCAUGCUUUGUUGAGUUUUAUUCAAUAGUACAUGUUGAUGUCAUUAUGGAAAAGGACACAUUAAGCAUAACAAAUGAUUCUCCAACUUCUGUAGAAUUAGGGCAAUAUGCAAUUGAUGUUCAGAAAAAUGAUCUAACAGUAUCAGAAGAGACAGAUGAUGAGAAAUUUACUGCUGCUGAAAAUGUUGACAAUAUUAGUAUCUCAGGAUCCAAAUUUCAAGGAGAUAAGUUAGGUGAUUUUGUUAAACAUGAUGAGAUGAGCUACGGGAAUAGGGUUAUUGAGUCUAAAUUUGAAGAAGGAAAGUUAAAUGAUGAUAUUCAACAAGUUGGUCUGGGUGACAAAUUGGAUGAGGGAAUAAAUUCUGAUUGUAAACCUGACGAAGGAAAAACGCAAACUACAGGGGAAAUACUUGGUCAUAAGGAGGAGCAGAAGCCUAAUGAAAUGGAGGUUCCUGGAGAGGAAGCUAACAGGACUGUUACAUCUUUGCAGUCUACAGAUGCUGGUCCUGAAACUGAGGGAUCUAUGUGGCCUGAGAAGGCUAUGGUUUUUAGGGACUUUGUCAAGAAUAAAGGUGCAGUUGCUGUCACGAGUUUUCUGCGAAUCCUCUCUGGGAGACGAGAUGGAGUUGAGCAGUUUCCUGUUGAUGAAGAGAAAGAGGCUUCAGAUUCAGCUAAAGAUAGAGAAGCUGCAGAAGUUUCUCAAAAGCCAGAAGAUAGAUCUGCAUGGAAUCCUCUUAGCUACAUUAUGACAUCUCGUAAUAGUGAUACAGAAAACAGGGCUGAGCAUGGGGUGGAAACCAUUGAAGAAUUGCGAGAACCUGUUGUCAUGAAAGGAAGAAUUAUACUGUAUACUAGGUUAGGAUGUCAAAAUUGUAAAGAGGUUAGAUUGUUUUUGUACAAUAAAAGGCUUAGAUAUGUCGAGAUUAAUAUUGAUGUAUAUCCUAGUAGAAAGCUGGAGCUAGAGAAGUUUACUGGGUCUUCUGCUGUGCCUAAGUUAUUCUUUAAUGAGGUUGUGAUUGGAGGGUUGAGUGAGCUCAUGGGGUUGGAUGAAUCUGGCAAACUUGAAGAGAAGAUUGAUUAUCUGAUUACUGAACCACCAGCUUAUGAGGCUCCUCUACCGCCACUUUCUGGUGAAGAUGAUGUGUCGACCAGUGGGUCUUUUGAUGAAUUAGCUCUUAUUGUGCGGAAAAUGAAAGAAUCCAUAGUUGUUAAGGACCGUUUCUACAAAAUGCGAAGGUUUGGCAGCUGCUUUCUAGGUUCAGAUGCUGUAGAUUUCUUGUCAGAAGACCAGUACUUGGAGAGGGUAGAUGCUAUUGAAUUUGGACGAAAGCUUGCAAGCAAACUCUUCUUCCGACACGUUCUUGAUGAGAAUCUAUUCGAGGAUGGUAACCACUUGUACUGGUUCUUGGAUGAUGAUCCUACUGUGUCAUCUCAAUGUCACAACAUUCCUAGGGGUAUAAUUGAGGCAAAGCCGAAACCUAUAACAGAAAUUGCGUCAAGGCUGAGAUUCUUGUUUUAUGCAAUCAGUGAAGCCUACACAUCAGAAGAUGGAAAGCAUAUUGACUACAGAACCAUUCAUGGAAGCGAGGAAUUUCAUAGAUAUUUGAGGAUAAUUCAAGAACUGCAGAGGGUAGAAUUUCAAGAUAUACCAAGGGAAGAGAAGCUUUCUUUCUUCAUCAAUCUCUAUAAUAUGAUGGUGAUUCAUGCAAUAUUGGUUUUGGGUCAUCCAGAUGGAGCAUUGGAACGAAAGAAGUUUUUUGGAGACUUCAAGUAUGUUAUUGGUGGGUGCUCAUACUCACUUUCAGCUAUUCAAAAUGGCAUUUUAAGGGGCAACCAACGACCACCAUACGGUCUCAUGAAGCCAUUCAGUGGGAAUGAUAAACGUUGCAAGGCAGCUCUUCCCUACACAGAGCCUCUAGUUCACUUUGCACUUGUUAAUGGUACACGAUCUGGACCAGCACUUCAAUGCUACUCACCUGGCAAUGUAGAUAAGGAGCUGAUGGAUGCAGCCCGUAAUUUCUUAAGAGGCGGAGGACUUGUUGUCAAUGUAAAUGCCAAGGUUGCAUAUGUCAGCAAGAUCCUUAAAUGGUUUAGCAUGGAUUUUGGCAAGAAUGAGGUAGAGGUACUCAAGCAUGCAUCAAACUAUUUGGAGCCUGCCAAUUCUGAAGCUUUGCUGGAGUUGCUUGCCCAAGGUCAAUUGAAGGUGCAGUACCAGCCUUAUGAUUGGGGUUUGAACUUGUAGCCUUAGCUUUGGCUUCCUUGUACACUAUAUUCUAUAUAGAUUGUUGCAACUUUCCUUAUUUUACAAAAAAUUUCAAGAGGGAACAACCUUGUUUUGAAAAAAGUAAUAGAAUACAUGCUUGUUAUUUAA